AUGGGGGUGCUGCGAGCACUCCGAGGUUUCUUCACUGGCGUGGGUGCCCGGUCUGGCCCUGCGCGUGGUGAGAAUGGUGGCAGUGUGGUCGGGGCCGUCCCUGCGGCCAUCACGACCUUCGCCGCCGUGGUGAUUUCUCUUCUGGACCAGUUGGAAGAUGCUCAGGGCGGCAGAGCAGAGGCCUACCGCCAGCUGGAGAGCGUCUUGUGGGGCGAUGAGAGCGACCUGCAGAGCUCUGUCGCAGGCAGAGCCAUAGCACUGGCAGCCCAGGACCUGCGCGUGGCCCAGGACACGACGGCCGCCGUGAGGAUGGCGGCGAGUGACGUCCUGGUGGCGCUGGCCCGCUGGCACCUGCAUGAUGUGGUGUCGGUGCUGCAGGGCCACCUCCAGGCCCUGGAGGAGAUGUCGGUGGAGCUGGUCCUCCACACUCUGCACAACCUGGCCAUCCGCUACGCCCUGCAGUGCGUGCCCUUUGCGGGAAAGACGCUGGCAGCCCUGCGCGGCGUGCUGAGCACAGCGGGGAGCAGCCGGAUGCUGUGCGCCGUCUGUGGCGUUGUGGAGCAGUGGUGCAGCGGGAUCAGCGCAUACCUCCGCCAACGGGAGAAAUGCGACUUCCCUCACCUGGGGGCCGCCCAGCUCUGCGCCCCUGUUUACUCGCUUGGCAAGCAGGCCAUGCUGAGGGCGAUGGCUGUUAUGAUGGGUGUCCUGCUGCACGCGGAGGAGCACCACCAACAUGCCUGGGAGCAGCUUCUCUGGCUGCUGCACCAAUACCGAGAAGUCCAGGACCCCUCAGGGGUGACCAGGAGUCUCAGCUAUUUCCUGUGGGCCGUGAUGGAUGUUCAGGCCCAGGUGCCCCGAGCCAAGAUUCUGGCUGUCAUCGCGGCUGUGCACGAGCAGCUCUGCGAUGAGAUGGAGCCGCCCAGCCCAGGGCACCGAGCAGAGUUGUGCCACUGCAUGGUGCUGCAGGCCCGAAUUUGCCCGGAGGAGACCAUCGUGUUCCUGUACUAUAAGCUCAGGACCGGGAACAAGGUCGAUCGCGUGGCAGCCGUGGAAAUGCUGCAAGCUCUUGUCCGCUGUGACGCCCCCGACGUGAGAGAGAAGCUGCCCCUGUUCACCAAGCUGGUGCAGUCUGUGUGCCACGACCCUGCAGCCCAGGUGAGGAAGGCAGUGCUGCGUUUCCUCGGGGAGCUGCUGCACUCCAGCGCCCCGGGCUGCUCGGCGUGGGACGUGGUGGGGCACCUCUUCGGCGAGUUCAGCCGGGCCUCGGGCAGACUGGCAACAGGAAAACUUUCGGUGGUGGAAGUGUGGGAAGAGAGGACUGUUCAGCGCCUCUGCGCCCACGUCCUGGGCUCACUGGACGUAUCUGCCGGAGCGGUGGCCAAGCUCCUGUGGCCGAGGCUGCUGCAGUAUGUGGUGCCAGCUGAGUAUACGGGCAUGCUGGUCCCGCUGUGCCGCUGCCUGCGUGCCCUGGCCGAGAGAGCAGAGAGAACAGAGGGCGAGGAAGAGAAGGCGGCGCCCGAGGCCCUGAAGCCUGCAGAGCCAGCCCCUCUGCCGGCUCCCCAAGCCCUGCUGGCUCGUCUGCUGGUGGUGGCAGCUGUGGCUCCACACACAGGCGGUGGCCAUGGAGCCGCAGCCCUGCAGCUGCUGCAGGUGCUCUGUGGCACGAUCCACAGAGCCGUGGGGGCGAGCUGGGCCACAGAGAUCCCCCUGCUGCUGCAGCACCUGGCAGGAACAACCGCCGGCUUCCUGGACAGGGCCGAGUGGGACAGCCUCCUGCUGAAGUUCCUGCGAGCGUCGCUGGAGGUCAUCGCCAGCGAGGCCUGGACCGUGGAGCUGAGCCGGGAGCUGAGCCGGCAGCUGGGUGGCUCUCCCCGCCUGUCCUGGGAGAAGCGGUUCCUCUACAAGGCUCUCGGCACGGCCCUGGCAGCUUGUGGGUGUCUGCGCCACGUGCGAGAGCAGACCCUGCAACAUCUGGAAGCAACCGACUUCCUGGAGCUGUGGGAGGCACAGGGAAUCGUUUCGGUUGUGUCCCGCUGCGCCGAGAGCCACUUCCAGCUGGCAUUGUCCUCAGUGCAGCAAUUCACGGGGACCUUGAAACACCGGAAGCAGAGCCACGCACUGAGGAACCGCGCUGCUCGUGCGACGCUCAUGGUGAUCUACGGCCGGAUGGCGCUGCGCGCCCCCAGGGAGCAGCUGCUCACCCACGUGGAGAGAGACAUCGUGGGGAACGUCCUGCAGCUCUACCGAGAGGGCUGCCAGGACGCGCAGCUGAAGCUCUCCCUGGUGCAGAGCGUAACUGAGAUCAGCCUUGCCAUCCAGGCUGCAGACGCCGGCCCCAGGUUCGAGCUGUGCUGCAAGCGGGAGCUUCUGCAGAUGCUGCUGGAGGUGAUGCAGGAGGAGCCCCAGGAGUCCCCAGUGCAGCCCCGGGCCCUCAUGGCUGUGGAGCAGUUGAGCAAGCUGAAGCCCCGUCUGAGCAGGGAGGAAAAAUGCAGCCUCCUGGCUCAGUGCUGCCGGGGCGUCGUGUGCCUCCGUCACCCAGAGCAGAUGGAGGCGAGAGGGGAGGCGGCAGCGGCUGCUCCAGUGGCACCGGGUGUGCAGGCGCCAUCCCUGCGGGCGCUGGGCCAGCUCAUGAGAACCCUUCUGCGGGAAGAGCCGGCCCCCAUCUGCUUCGAGGACGUGGUACAGGUCCUGCGGCACUGGCUCGCCUCAGCCGAGGAGUGCGAGCGGGAGAGGGCCCUGCAGGUGUGCGUUCAGCUGCUGGGUGCUCAUGAGGAGCAACGCGAGCAUGGGCGAGGCCGCGCCUGCGAGCAGUUCGGCUCCCUGGCGGGACUACUGGGGCCUCUGACCUGUGAUGCCUCAGCUGCGUCCCGCUGGCGGGCAGCCACCUGCCUCGGCCACCUGCUCCAAAUCGGAGCUGAGACCACGGACGUGGCGCCGUGCACUAAUGAGAUCGGGUACCUGCGGGAGAGGCUCAACGCCGUCGCCCCCGACUCUCUGCUGGCCACCUCUACCAACAUCGCAAAGCUGGUUUGCAAGCAUGUCCCCCAAGGCCAGGCUGCAGACUUCAUGGACACUGUCAUGGAGAGCCUGCAGUGCACCAGGCCCGUGCGCGCGUGGGCUGCUGGGCGGUGGGCACUCACCUUCCUGGGGGACUGCGGAGAGCAAAUAUUCCAGGAGGAGGUACCUGAACUCGUCACCAUCCUCUGCACCUGCCUGCAGAGCACCCAGCAGAGCACCCGCAGGUGCUUUGUGCUGCGAGCGAUGUUCAUCCUGGCCCGCUGCCACCAGGAACCGGUGAUUGACAGUCUCCUCCAGAGGUGUCUGCCCAUGGACAGCAACACAGUGGAAGUGUGGAGGAGCCUAGGGAGAAGCGCUCUGGGAUACCCAAUCCUGGAGCGCUUAACUGAAAAGUUAAGGGCAGCCGGAGACAGCAGCCAGGGGAGCGAGUGCUGCGCUCGGGAGCUGGGCAGCAGCCAGGCUGCCCUGGAGCCUCACACGAUCAUCCGCGCCCUCUGUGAGAUGGUGUCAGUGCUGCAGAGCGAGGGGCUGGUCCAGCACCUGCUUCCUGACCUGCUUCCCAGCCUCCUGGGGCAGGUCAGUGAGACGCUGCGGGAGGAGAUGGAACCGUCCCUCAGGGAGCCCGAGAGCUCCGACACGUCAGGCAGGCUGUUUGUGGAGGUGCUGGAGCUGGUGCUCUCCAAGUGCCUGGAGGAGCGGUGGCUUCGGCUGCUCCGGGAGCAGGGAGCAUGGGCGUCCCUGGCCGAGCCCCAGGCUCACAGCGCUGGCGUAUGUCUUCUGGCGAGCGUGCUGCUCCGCGCGGAGCUUGUCCCACCGCGCCUGCUGCAGAACCUCUCCACCUGGCUGGACUCGUGCUCAGCAAACCUGCGGCUCACGGCCACAGCUUUCUUUGCUGAGCUGAUGAAGGACCGGCUAGUGGAGGAGAGAAAGCUGCUGAAGCCCCUCUUAGAGGCUUUUGCGGCGAGGGCGCGCGACCCCGUCAGCGCCGUGCAGCAGAUGGCAAUGAGAGGCCUGGGCAACGCGGCAAGCGGAGCACCGGUGAAGCUGCAGAGGCACGGGGCAGCCGUGGUGGCAGUGCUACGCGGGGGCCUGGAGGACGGGGCCAGCGUGGAGGUGGCAGCCGAGAGCCUGCUGGCGCUGGCGAAAGUGCUGGGGCCGCUGGUGGCCAGGGCCAUUGGCUCGGCCUUUGAAGAGGUCACCAGGUCCAGCCGGGCCUUCUGGGGAGCGGAGGAAGAAGCCCUGCGCUGCUCAGCCUUCACCCUCUACGGCGCCCUGGCUGCCUCCGCCUCUGCCUCAGGGAGGAGGUCAUUCUUCAGCAGGGAGGUGGAGGCAUCGUUCCCCAGCUUGGUGCUGCACCUCGGGGACCCGGCACCGGCAGUCCGUGAUGCGUGCAAGAUGGCCCUGCACCGGUGUGCCCCAUUCCUGGCAUCAGAGAGGGUGCGACGUCGCGUGGCCGCCAGCACUGGGCUGAGCGCCGCCGAGCUGCAGGAUGAGCUCUGCAGGCACCUGGCCCGAGACUGCCCCGCACUGCUGGAGAGCCUCUGCCACAUGGCCCAGAGCUGCUGCACGGGGAGCUGCCAGGCGCCGCAGGAGGCAGCCGUCCGCAUCCUGGGCCUCCUGAUGAAUGCGGCGCCAGCCGAGAGGCCGCAGCGGCAGGACCCGGCGUCGCGGUGGGGAGGUGGCCUGUAG